UCACGGUGGGAUAAAAACCUCGAGCAUCACUGCGUCCAAUCGUGUCUCACUUGCAGCUCCCUACACCUCUGAAGCCCUGAGCCCUGAACAGUCACGCAGUUUACUCUUUUCAACUGGUUUUGACUAAAUGACAUGGGGGUAGGCAGUACCUAAUGUGUGCCGACAGUGUGAUAAAAAAAAAUUUUGAAAAAGAGGGACCGCCACCAGCACUCCUCGCUAAUCAACAACUUUCCUAUCACCCGAAUGGAUAUCUUUCUAAAUGUCCCCCGACGUCACGCUGUGCUGGCCAAAGCGUAUUUUACAGUCGGGCCGGUUUUCCAUACCCAAUAAAGCCGAAGCUCAUGCCAGGUCUUUUGCACUGGCCGGAGAUGCCAGAAACAUGGCCAGUCAGCGUCAUAUCUGAGCCGUUUCCUCUGAGAUCGACACCCCGUUGGCGAUAUUGACUAACCUGGAGAGAGGCUGGGAUAUUUUAAGGACCUUGGCCAGAAAUGGCAUCGGUGAUAACACCACACGCCAGUCCAGCAUAGCGUCACCAGUUUUGGUAGCAUGUCUCACUCCAACUCGC